AUGGCUGAUGCUGAGCUCGACGGCGACUGGGUCCCCAAUGGACGUCGACCUUUGUCAACUAUUGCACGCUCCUUCUCCCAAGAGCUGAUGGAGGUUUUCCGCAUCGAAGAAUCGGUUUCUGAUCUCGACCAAAAAGUUGACGAGAGACGCCAAAUUGUUGGCAGAAACAACCAAGAGCUCGCUGACCUCGAGGCCCGCAUUCGAGAGAUGGAGGAUCGUCUCCGUCGCAGCAGGGGUGGUCAGCCCGCUCAGGGACUCCAAGCACCCAAAGUCCCAUCGCCAUCCAAGGACGAGAACAACAACAACAACAAGUCACGACCAGGCACUGCCCGCCCCAUUCAACAGGCACCAAGUUCCGGCAACAUGCCCCCAACUCCUGGAGCCAGCGAAGACGGUGAUGCGGAGCAGUAA